AUGGCUCAAUUCUCUCUCCUGUCUUGCCAGCUGAACGCGGUCGACCCAAACGCUGAGCUCGAAGUCGGCGACACCUACCUCGUCCGAUUCAAAAAGCCCAACAAGUUGAUUUGGAUUGGAGUCAUCAUUCCUGAGGAGGUCGGUCCCCGCAGGCACACUGGUAAACGCCCCGUUGGCGCGACUCCUACAAACGAUGGAGAAUGGACAACCUCAGGUAGGGCUCGAAAAUAUUCGGUCUAUCUGCCUGGUUGCAACACCUACCGAUGGAUCGGAACCGAUGACAUGUUCACGAUUGAGGCUAGGCCCCCGUCUAUGAAGGCGGAACUCAGCGACAAGCCCGUUGCAAAGCUUUUUCGAAGCAUACUAGCUAUCGUGAAGCAGAAGCCUUCACUGCAGUUCUGGUUGGACAUGAUUAAAGUGGAGCGCAAGGAAAAAGGCGAUCUCGUUACCACCGAUCUGAAACUAUGUGUGCCAACUGGCUACAACAUUGUUCUCGGGGAAGGCGAUUGCUCAGCGUCGAAGCCUUUGCAUCCUAACAAACGAACGCUUGGUGAACUCAGCGCUCAAGAGCCUCUUAGCAAGGUGCAAGCUAGCAGCAACUCGUUUUCCACUUCUCGAGCCUUGACUGCUCUUAAUCGAGAUGAAUUCUCCGGCUCCGCUGAGCAAGACGACUCUCUUUUUGUUUCCCCUGGUACAGGGGCAGGGACUAUGAACGCGAUCGUGGCAAACACAGACAUGAUUACAGACCCAAAUGGAGACAUGAGCACACAGACGUCAGCUACAGUUCAUGGUUUCUAUGAGGCGGGUGAACCAACCAUCGACGGUCUACAAACUCCUCCUGUCAACCCGCUCAGCCCUGAGGCCUCUAUGGAGGUGGAAGUGGAGGUGGAGGCUCCAAAUCAGCCUCACCGCGAAUCUAUCAGAAUCAAGCCAAAUCCACUUAUGGAGAUCAGGGAGUACAUAUUUGGCACACCUGUCCAGGAUCUCGUGAAGACGGCGUUCAGCAAUGAAUUUGAAAUUCUUCAAAAUAUCGAGUUUGUCCAAGCAAUUGUGGAGAUGACGCAUGGUCCGCAGGGGGCUUUUAUUCGGUCAUUCUUCGAAACCGACGACUUCUGUCCUCGUCUCAUCCUGAAGAAUUCCGAGGCAAACGCGGGAGACAGCGAUAUCGACGAUGAAGAGCAAGCUACGCUGCGUAUUGGCGAUGUGCGUCUGAUUGGAACCAGAUACAAACUGGAGGAUGUCUACUCUGACAAUGUUCUGCAUGAACACAUAAUCGCCCUCGGAGAGCUGUAUAUUCACGCACGACGCCUCCGGCUCGAUGCGCUGAUUGACAAGAUUGUCUUGAAGCUGCAAGUUGCCUGGAAUUCUUACCAGGGACUGUCCAUGCUGGAGGAUCUUCUUGCAGUUGCCCGGGGAGUUUUCGAUGCGGGAAAUGUGUCUGAUUCGUUUGAUGGAAUGCAGAAUUGGGUCGUCGCAUUCCUCGCGGACAUAAUGUUGCUUUUUCUCUACAAGUAUGGCGCGGAGUUCAACCGGGCCAUGAAUGGCUGCCCUCUUUUGCGCAAUGCGGUUUUUGAAAAGUACGCUAAGAAGCUGCGUGAGAGUCCGGAGAGGUACGCCAACCCUCUUGUCUGGCUUCGCAGCCGUGGCGUCGAAACCUAG